AUGGGGAUCCCAGGCAGCACCUCAGCUGGGAGGCAGGAGACAGCUGGCUCAAGGUCUGCCCUGGGAGAAGACACCACUGGGACACCACCUGAGCCCAAGGGAGCCAGUUCCAGCCCUUGCUCAGGUCCCGGCCAUGAGGAGCAAGAAAAAGAGCAGAGGAGCAGGGAGCACGACCAGCGUGAUGGCUCUGCCAGCUCAGUGUGGGCAGCCACACCAGGAAUGCUCUUCCAGCAGGACAAGCAGACUAGCCUUCACCCCCUCAGCCUGGCCUGUGUGUUGGGCUACAACAGCAGCCUGGCCGUGCACAGCCUGAUGGACGGGGAGGACCGGGUGCUCCUGUACGUCUCCUCCCACACAGUGGUCAUCCACGACGUGGUGGGCAACAGGCAGUACCACCUGCAGGGCCACAGGAAUGUCAUUUCUUGCCUGUGCGUGAGCGAAGACAGGCGCUGGGUUGCAACUGGCGACCGAGGGCCAGAUGCUCUGGUCAUCGUGUGGGACUCCUUCUCCGGGAUACCGGUGCGCACCAUCUUUGAGAGUCAUCCGGAGGAGGGGGUCAGUGCUAUUGCUAUUUCCCGGGAUGCGAAGUAUUUGGCAACUGUUAGCACUGGUACAGUGCAGAGAGUUUGUGUUUGGAAGUGGACGUUGCCAACAGAGAAACCCGUGUGCAGCAUGGAGCUGAGCCCUGAGUUUGGGUAUCAGGAUUAUGUCAUUUUUAACCCUCAAAAUCCCCAUGAGUUUGUCAGCAACAGCAAAACCCAGGUGAUAUUUUACCUGUGGGGUGAUGGUGGUCUGCAGUACUGUGCGCCGCUCCUCAGCACCCAGACCUUCAACAGCGUGGUGGGACGCUUCAGCCAGUCCGUUUUUCAUUUCAACAACUCGCAAGCUCUGACGGGCACCUCGGCUGGGAAGCUGGUGGUUUGGGACGCCGUUGGUCCCCACAGCCCCUCCAAGGACUUGCGGGCCAAGCCCUGCAUAGUAACAGGUGACGUGAAAGGUCAGGUUAAAUUCUACGAUGGGCAGCUGCGGCUCCUGAACUUUAUCCUUUCAACCUCUGAUGCAACCGUGCUCCAUGUUGCAACAGACAGGACAAACUUUGAGAAAGUCAUGGAAGAGGCAAAGAAAGCUGUGAAUGCCAUCGCCUGCCACCCCUGGCAGGCACUCGUUGCUGUGGGGAGUCACUGUGGGCUGCUGAAGGUGUGGGACUACCUGCAGACCACGUACGUGGUUAGCAGGAUAUUCACCGACGCCGGCAUCCAGUGCUUGUCCUACGACCCUGAAGGUUAUUUUCUGGCCGCCGGUUUCACUGAUGGACGCGUUUACAUCCUCGAUGCCAUUUCCCUUCAGUCCAGCUGCAAUGAGUUCAAGUUCUCGCAUGGUCCCGUGACUCACAUUAGCUUCUCUCAUGAUUCCGAGUACUUCGCAACUGCUGAUGAGAAACACUCCGUUACUGUUUACAAGAGAGUUCUGCGAAAGGGAAGCAGAUGCUGGGAACACCUAGCAGGGCUGCAUUCCCACUACAAACCCAUCCGGAGCAUCCUCUUCGGGGUUCAGUCAGACAGCCAUGAGCCCAGGCUCUUGAGCCUUGGGGAGGACCGGCAGCUGGUUGAAUAUGACCUGAACAGCAGCAGCAAGGACAACUUGGUGGUCUUGCACAGGGACCAGAUAGAGCAGGAUGCUGUGCCCCUGUGCUUGGCCUGGUACCCACAGCUCAGCACCGAGUCCUUUAUCCUCACUGCCAACAACUGCUACAAAAUGAAGCUCUACAACACGACAACCAAAAUGUGCAGAAAGACCCUUCUGGGACCAGCAUAUGGCUCCCCAAUGGAGAAGAUACAAAUCCUCCCAACAACAGACACUACGGACCCCCAGAAACGCUAUCUGGUGUACGUUACAAAGGACAAGGUGGGCUUGCAGAUUUUGCCUGUUGAUGGCAACCCCUACAAGUCCUCAGCUGUCAUUUGCCACCCGGAUGGUGGCUCUGACCUUGCUAUUUCCUACGAUGGACGCUAUGUCUUUACAGCAGGGGGGGACGACUGCACUGUUAUGAAAUGGGAGGUCAACCUAAAUGCCCUGGAUGCUGCUGCUUCCCUGGGUGGGGAGGACUUGAUCCCAUUCUACACCCUACUGGAUGGCGGCAGAGAAGGCGAAUUCUUCAGGGAACUGGAAGACUAUUUUUACUAUGCACAGCUGCGCAGCCACGGCAUUGAUACGCUGGAGACCAGACAGGUGUCAACGCAUAUUCCCUUGGAGGAAAUUCCUUCUGUAAUGAGAGCAAUGGGAUUUUAUCCAUCAGAGGAAAAGAUUGAAGAAAUGAUAAAUGAAGUGAAAUUCAGCAAGUAUGUGGAUACUGGAGAACAAGUGACGAAAAUCAAUUUAGGGGAUUUUAUCAAACUUUAUAUAAAUCAUCGACCUGUGUUCGGCUUGUCAAUGAAAAAAAUACAACGGGCGUUUCAGGUUCUUGGUUAUGAUAAUGAGAAUGGAGACAAAGUUAUUGACAGAGGAGACUUACUGUUGCUGCUUCAGUGCAGAGGAGAGCGUAUGACAGAGGACGAGCUGGCGCGGUGUCUGACCACCCUGCUGGGCAGGCGUCCUGGGGGAGGAGGGCCUGAACCGGACACCUACGAUCCCUCAGGUGCAGCAGCUUUGACCGAAGAAAUUCCAGAGGAAAUCACAGCAGAGAUAUUUGCUGCUGACAUUCUUGGCUUACCUAUUGCUGAACCAGAAAAAAAGAACAGAAAAAAAGAGAUCAAUCUUUGA